AGCAAGUGAUAAGAUUUUUGGGAGGGAGGGACAGAACUCAAAAGCAGAGAAGAGAAAAUGAAUUCAUGAAAUCAGCUGCGGCUGCGACGAAAAAACAACAGCAACAAGGAGAAGAGAAGAAGCUCCCAAAGUAUAAAAGUCUGAAUGGCAGCGGCUGCCUCUCCUGUCUCAGUAACUUCAUCGCCGAAUUAUCGCACCAAUCCAUCUCAAACCCGAAAGCUCCCUUCCCAAUCAUGGCCUCCCACUACUCCAACACGCUUUUCUCAACCCCUUUCCUCACGUCGGCCAUCCAUCGCCGGAGCUGCUCAAUCCAUGAAGCAACCAUCGUCGUCCGCACAACCCAAUCCAGAAGUACACUUGAGCCUCGAUGCGGUUCAACGAUUUAUUCACCUCAAUUUUGGGAACUGGACCGGCACUUUCCACCAAUUUGAUAGCCAGGGGAAUUUGAUGCAUAAAAUAAGUACCAAGCUUGCUGCGGGUUCUUAUGGCGAAGAUGAACUCAUAAGUUUGAUUCAAACGUUAUACAUCAAACAACCUCCAUCAACGACUUCAUUUUCUGGAAUUGAUGAUGAUGAGGCAGAAUGGUCUGAGUACAAAAUCAAAGAGAUCAACAUGUUUACUAUGGAUAAAUAUCAGCAGAUUGGUUUUUUCCCCAAAGAGAGGGCAUUUGCAUUGAGGUACCAGACUGCUGGAAUGUUAGAAACUGUGCUCAGACAAGGGGUGUUAGGCGAGGAUGAUAUUGGAGAAGAAUCACCCAAAAAUCUAAAGCUUCCCUCGAGACAACCUUCUAUUGUAUGUGAGAAUUGCCUAUAUUCACUGGAGAAAGAUCGGCGAGUAAGAGCUUUCCAUGUCAUGGAUCCAAAAGGAAUUCUGGAUAUGCUCCUUGUCUUCCUUGAAGAUAGAGGUAGCACUGCACCUAUUCCACCUACCUUUGAUGAUUCUCAGGAUUAUGGAGACAGGAUUAAACCUAUUCUGGGUACAUGGAAAGGGCAUUCUAUCACAAAGCGCAGCGGUGUUUAUGGAGCAACACUUGCUCGAGCUGACACUGUGGCUGUACUUGAAAUAAAUAAGGAUGGUCAACUAAUCCAGGAUAUUGCAUCGACAUUGGAGGGGAGAGAUAUUACUACUAAUGUACAUUGGACGGGGACCAUGUCAAAGAAUUUGGUUACCUUUGACGGAGGUUUCCAGCUGAUUUUACUGCCUGGGGGUAUGUACAUGGGAUGCCCAUGUGACGUGGCAAAGUGUGUUCAAGAAUCUAAAUCGUUCCACUUGGAGUUCUGCUGGCUUGAGUCACCUGGAAAAAGACAGAGACUGGUCCGUACUUAUGACGUGGAAGGCCUCGCUGUCUCCUCAACAUACUUCUUGGAGAGCAGAUUUACAUUGGACAAGCCCUUUGCAAGCAGAAUUACAGUAAUCCUUGCCGUCCAGUACCUACAUUCAGAAGAUUUGAACCAGAAACAGAAUUUCCUAUCGAUCGUAUUAAACAUGCUUUCGAAGUUUUUUUAGCCAACAAUACCUGUACUUUGAGGUUUAAAACAUACAUAGGCUUUCAAGGACUUUGGGUCAGCCCUGACUUUGUUCUUUUUUCUCUCGAGUAUGAUGGAUAUAUGAAAUGAAA